GCUACUCGUUUUCGAAUGCGGGUGCUGUAAUCAGAAUUUAUGCUUCUUUGUAAGUGUAUAACUUGUAAAUGUAAGUUAGAAAAAAACAUAUCUCUUAGUUUAUUCAUAUGAAUUAUUUUUUAGUAAACGUAUAGUAAAUAAAAGAAACUAAUGUUUUUUCUAACUCAAAAUUAUCAUCCAUUGUCAUUGGGAUUAACAUAUAGGAUAAUUUUAUAAACCAAUAAUCAAUCUAAAUUGAACACAUUUAGUGCCAAAUAAUUGAAUGUGUAAAUUAUAACAUCUCUUGAAAUGGAUAACAAACUACAAGCACUCGACUACAUUAUCAUCCUCAUUAUGUUAGCCUUUUCAUCAGCAAUAGGAAUAUAUUUUCGGUUCACUGGAGGAAGGCAGAAGACCAUAGAGGAGUAUUUGAUGGGAGACAAGAAAAUGAAAAUGUUUCCUGUGUCUGUAAGUCUCAUGGCGGCUUACAUGUCGGCAAAUUCUAUCCUUGGAGUACCAUCAGAAACUUAUUUGUUCGGCACACAAUAUUUGAUUUGGAUGUUUGGUGCAAUAUUUGGAAGCAUUAUAGCUAUUUACGCAUUUUUACCAGUUUAUUUUGAUAUGAAUAUAAAUUCAGUAAAUGAGUAUUUAGGAAUACGAUUCGGUCAAACAACUAGAUCCAUAGUUGCUGUCCUGCAAGUUUUAAAAACGAUAUUCUACACGGCUGUUGUUUUAUAUUCUCCAUCCCUUGCUUUGAAUGCGGUCACAGGAAUUUCUACAUGGGCAGCUGCAGUUUGCAUGUCUGUCAUAUGCACGUUUUAUUGUUCGUUGGGUGGAUUAAAAGCUGUUCUGUGGACUGACAUUUUUCAGGCUAUACUCAUGUAUACUACUUUGGCUGCUGUUAUCAUUGGAGGAAUCCAAACCUUAGGAUUUAUAGAAAUAUUGACAAAAUCAAAUGAUGGUGGCCGACUUAUUUUCUUCAAUUUUAGUCCAAGCUUGACAGAAAGAUACACAUUUUGGAAUUGCAUGAUUUACGGAAUGUUUUUAAAUGUGUCAGCUUAUGGUUCAAGUCAAAUAGAGCUGCAACGGAUACUGAGCAUCGGUGGUUUACGAAAAGGGCAAUGGUCUGUUUUAUAUGGCACAAUUUUUAGCAAUAUAUUUCUGUUUAUGUGCAUUUGGUCUGGAAUUGUUAUUUUUGCUAUGUUUGAGGAUUGUGAUCCUACUUUAAGUUCUACAGAACAACCUUUGUCUCCAGAUCAAUUGAUACCUCUAACAAUUAUGAAGCUUUUUAGUAAUAUACCAGGCCUCGCUGGAUUAUGUGUAGCAGGCAUUUUCAGUGCAUUUUUGAGUACAAUUUCAUCAGCAAUAAAUUCGAUGACUUCGAUCACUGUAGAGGAUUUCUUAAAACCUUACUCUGACUGUAAAUGCUUCAUUGCUUCAAGGAUGGCGUUCACAGCCAAACUUUUAACUUUGGUAUACGGAGUACUUUGUUUACUACUUUCCCUUAUGGUGGCAAAUUUCAGAGGUAUUUUAGAGGCUAAUACUAUCAUGGGUGGCAUGAUUGGAGGUCCUAUUACAGGUAUUUUUAUGCUUGGAAUGUUCUUCAAAGAUGCCAAUCAAGUGGUAAUUUUUAAAUUUUUAUCAGUCAUCAUUUUAUUAUAAAUAAGUCGAUUAUAUGUUAUGUCGGUCAGUAAGGGAAAGGGAAGAAUUAAAAUAAUUUAAAACUAGUUUAUUUGAGAAUGGAACUUAUAGAUGAUAGGUUCUUUAGCGAAAGGUGUCAAACGUUUCAUUGAAUCACUAGAGAAAUUUACCAGUUUUUGAUUGUGCUUAUAUCUUCUUUCUUUUGUUGAGCUCAACAAUGGGAAUCGGAGUCGUGAUGGCUAGGGGAUAGAGCAUUCGUCUCCCAAUGAGGUGAACCGGGUUCGAAUCCCAGCAAUGACUGGUAGAUACG